AUGGGUCAUGAAGAUGCUGUGUACUUGGCCAAGCUUGCUGAGCAGGCUGAGCGCUAUGAGGAGAUGGUUGAGAACAUGAAGAUCGUCGCCUCUGAGGACCGUGACCUGACCGUUGAGGAGCGCAACCUCCUCUCUGUUGCCUACAAGAACGUCAUCGGUGCCCGCCGUGCCUCGUGGAGAAUCGUUACCUCCAUUGAGCAGAAGGAGGAGUCCAAGGGCAACUCUUCCCAAGUUGGUCUUAUUAAGGAGUACCGCCAGAAGAUCGAGGCCGAGCUUGCCAAGAUCUGCGAUGAUAUCCUUGAUGUCCUUGACAAGCACCUCAUCCCCUCUGCUAAGUCUGGCGAGUCUAAGGUGUUCUACCACAAGAUGAAGGGUGACUAUCACCGCUACCUCGCUGAGUUCGCUGUUGGCGACCGCCGCAAGGACUCCGCCGACAAGUCCCUCGAGGCUUACAAAGCUGCCACCGAGGUUGCCCAGACCGAGCUUCCUCCUACCCACCCCAUUCGCCUUGGCCUCGCCCUUAACUUCUCCGUCUUCUACUACGAGAUCCUCAACGCCCCUGACCAGGCUUGCCACCUUGCUAAGCAGGCUUUCGAUGAUGCGAUUGCUGAGCUCGAUACCCUCAGCGAGGAGUCUUACAAGGAUUCUACCCUCAUCAUGCAGCUGCUCCGUGACAACCUGACUCUCUGGACCUCUUCUGAGGCCGAGCCCGCGGCGUCAGGCACCGCUGACGCCCCCGCUGCACCCAAGGAGGAGGGUGCCUCCGAGGCACCGGCCGCUGCCGCUACCUCUGAGGAGCCCAAGGCUGAGUAA